AACGAUGACGCCUCGAUAACCACCAACGUUAAUCACGGAGUUCCACAAGGUUCUGUGCUUGGACCAAUUUCAUUUACCUUAUACAUGCUUCCUUUGGGCAAUAUUAUCAGGAAACACUCCAUAAACUUUCAUUGUUGUGCAGAUGAUACUCAACUAUAUUUAUCGAUAAAACCAGAGGAGAGCAACCAACUCGGUAAAAUUCAAGCAUGUCUUAAAGACAUAAAAACAUGGAUGGCCUGCAACUUCUUGAUGUUAAACUCAGACAAAACCGAAGUAAUUUUAAUCGGCCCUGAGCACCUCAGAGAUCAAUUAUCUGGUGAUGUGGUUUCUGUAGACGGCAUUGCCCUGGCAUCCAACACCACUGUAAAGAAUCUUGGCGUUAUCUUUGAUCGGGACUUGUCCUUUAACUCCCACGUAAAGCAAAUCUCAAGGACUGCAUUCUUUCAUCUACGUAAUAUUUCAAAGAUCAGGCACAACUUGUCUCAAAAAGAUGCAGAAAAAUUGGUUCACGCGUUCGUUACUUCGAGACUGGAUUACUGCAAUUCCUUAUUAUCAGGCUGCUCUAAUAAAUCUCUUAGGUCCCUCCAGUUGAUCCAGAAUGCUGCAGCUCGUGUUCUCACUAAAACUAAGAAAAGAGAUCACAUCACUCCUGCACUAGCUGCUCUGCACUGGCUCCCAGUAAAAUCAAGAAUCACUUUUAAAAUUCUUCUCUUAACCUACAAAGUCUUGAUUGGUGAUGCUCCAUCAUAUCUUAAGGAGCUUGUAGUACCAUAUUGCCCCACUAGAGAGCUACGCUCACUAAAUGCGGGACUACUUGUAGUUCCUAGAGUCUUAAAAGUAGAAUGGGAGCCAGAGCCUUUAGUUAUCAAGCUCCUCUUUUAUGGAACCAGCUUCCAAUUUCAGUCCGGGAGGCAGACACAGUCACCUCGUUUAAGAGUAGACUGAAGACUUUCCUCUUUGACAGAGCUUAUAGUUAGGGCUGAAUCAGGUUUGCCCUGGUCCAGCCCCUUGAUAUGCUGCUAUAGGCUUAUAGCUGCCGGGGGACGUUUAGGAUGCACUGAGUACCUAUCUCCUCUUUUCUCUCCUUAAGGAUGAAUUUUCAUCUCUCAAUCACACGUUACUAACUCUGCUUUCUCCCCGGAGUCCUUGUGACUUCACGUCUCAUGGGGUCAUCGGACCCUAUGAGACGACAUAGAUCCUAUCUGCUGAUGGCUCAUCGAGGUCUGGGUCGUUGAAUUCCUGCUCCUGACUACGCCACUGUCCUGUUGAGACUCCGCCCACUGUUGAGACUCCGCCCACUCCUCCUCCCCACCGCCCUCUGCCUGAUGGAUGGUGGAGGUCUCCAUCGUGGAAUAUGCCGACUAUGAACUAUUCAUACACUCUGUCACAUUCAUUGAAUGGGGAGGUGGUCCACUGGUUGGCUUGUUCCCUGUACGCCGCCUGCAGGAAGGGCUCCACCCCCACGGUGGGGAAAGGCCUGAUGGAGGGCAACUGUGUCUCCCUCACCAGGAUCCUCCGCACAGCCAAACUCAGUCUCAUCCAGUUCUUCUCCAAGAUGAGGAAGUGGGCCGACAUGUCGAACCUCCCUCAGGACUUCCGGCUCCGGAUGGAGCGUCUGGAGAGGAACUUUGAGGUUUCCACGGUGAUCUUCAGGAAGUUUGAGCCCAUCUUCAUGGACAUGUUCCAGGACCCCCAGGGGGGGGGGCGGCCCCGGCAGCCCCGCAGCCGGAAGCACAGGCGUCUGCCGUGUCACAUCAGCGAUGUGUUCAAGUUCUGCUGGACUCUGUUCGUCUACACCAAAGGUAACUUCCGGAUGAUCGGGGACGACCUGGUGAACUCGUACCACCUGCUGCUCUGCUGCCUGGACCUGGUGUUCGGCAACGCUCUGCUGUGCAGCAACCGGAGGGAGCUCAUCAGGCCCAACUUCAGGGGUCUGCCCCCUCUCUACCGCCCUGAGGGCGUGGUCUCAGAGGCUCCUCCCACCUGUGUGUUGGAGCGUCUGUGUGAGCUGCACGACGGCCUGGUGGUCGAGGCCAAAGGCAUCAAGCAGCACUACUUCAGACCCUACAUCCAGAAGCUGUUCCACCGACAGAUCCUGAAAGGCAACGAGGAUCACCUGACGGAGCUGCUGGAUCCUCAGAGCUUCAUCGAUAACAAUAAAGCCAUCAACAGGGAGUACGAGGAGUACGUGUUGACGGUGGGAGACUUCGAUGAGCGAGUGUUCCUGGGAGCCGACGCAGACGAGGAGAUCGGGACGCCGAGGAAGGUCGUCCACGAGCCGUCGGCCAAUCAGAUGACGGCUCACAGCCAACUGCAGCAACACGUAGAGAAGUCGGGCUCGCUCGCCCCCUCCACCCCCCUGACGGGGCGGCUCUACCUGACGGAGAAGGAGCUGCAGGUGACGCCCGUCUCCUCGGCGACGCAGAGCGUGAGCCGGCUGCAGAGCAUGGUGUCCGGCCUGAGGACGGCGCCCAGCGAGCAGCUGCUGCAGGUCUUCAGGUCGUGCUCCAGGAACCCCUCGGACUCCAUCCUGGGCCGGGUGAAGACUCUGGGUCAGACCUUCAAAGAACACUACACCAAGGACUCAGAGGACACGCCGGGCUCUCACAUCGACUUUGCUGAGAACCGCCUGAAGCUGGCGGAGAUCCUUUACUACAAGAUCCUGGAGAACGUUCUGGAACAGGAGAACAAGAGGCUGCUGGGCAAAGACAUGAGCGUGUUGCUGGAGCAGGACAUCUUCCACUGCUCCCUCAUGGCGUGCUGUCUGGAGGUGGUGUUGUUCUCCUACAGCUCCCAGAGAACCUUCCCCUGGAUCAUCAACGUCUUCAAGCUGACCCCCUUCUACUUCUUCAAGUGUGUGUGCCUGUGUGUGUGUGUGUGUGUGCAGGUGAUCGAGGUGUUCAUCCGCUCAGAGGAGGGCCUCUCCAGGGACAUGGUGAAGCACCUGAACCUGAUCGAGGAGCAGGUUCUGGAGAGCCGGGCCUGGAGCGCCGACUCUGCCCUGUGGAGCGCCUUGCAGGCUGCAGGCAGCAGGGUGCCCACUGUGGAGGAGGUGAACUUCUCCUCCAGUCUGGACACGGGUUCUGGUUUCAGCGCCGGGGUCCAGUCCCACCUCCCGCUGGUCGCCCUGUCGCCCAUCAUACACCCCCGCAUCCGGGAGUGCAGGUCCGGCCUGGGCAGCGCUCGCAAAGACGUUCCUCCGUCUCCGUUGUCGCUCCAUGACUGUUACAGUUCUCCGGCGGCCGGCAGCGCUAAGCGGCGUUUGUUCGGCGACGAUCCGCCGGCCCGGAUCUCGGCCGUGAUCCCCGGCAGCCCGAUGACGUCGCCGGCCAAGAGGUUGAUGUUCGGCUCCGGCAGCACCCUGAGGAUCGGAGCCCCGGGAGGCCAGACCACCGUCCUCAGCAUCCCGCUGCAAGGCGCAAACAACGACCGCACCAUCACGCUGAUCCCAGUUCAUCCGUGCGACUCCUCCGGUACGAUCACCGCUCAGUUCCUGCUCACCACCUCCCCGAGCCGACCCCCCGCCCCCCCGCCCGUGACCUCUGACCCCCAGGCGGGAAGCGUCCGGCCGCGACGCACCGGAUCCCUCGCCCUGUUCUUCAGGAAGGUGUACCACCUGGCCAGCGUGCGGCUUAGGGACCUGUGUGUGAAGAUGGACGUCCCCUCCGAGCUGCGGGGGAAGAUCUGGACCUGCUUCGAGCACGCGCUGGUCCACAGCACCGGCCUCAUGAGGGACCGGCACCUGGACCAGCUGCUGCUGUGCAGCGUGUACAUCAUCUCCAAGAUCACAAAAGAGACUCACAGCUUCCAUGACAUCAUGAAGUGUUACCGCAGCCAACCACAGGCCAGCAGUCAUGUGUACCGCAGUGUGUUGCUGCGUCACAGAGAGGUGAUGGAUGAGAACAUGGAGGUGGAUCCAGUGUCAGGAGGAGAAUCCGCAGAGAAACCCACCCCGGGGCGGGUCGACUCUGACCAAUCAGGCGAGGAGGAGCGCGGUGACCUCAUCCAGUUCUACAACAGCGUCUUCGUCCUGAAGAUGAAGAGCUUCGCUCUGCGCUACGCAACCCAGGACCAGCGGGCCGACGCCCCCCCCCUCUCCCCCUUCCCGGCGGUCCGGGCUCAGCCGCUGUCGCCCCGCCGCGUCUCUCAGAGACACUCGCUGUACGUCUCCCCCCACAAGACGCCGGGCUGCCUCACCCCCCCCACGCCCUACACCUACCGCAUCAACAGCAGCCCCUCUAAGGUACACACACACACACACACACACGCCCUACACCUACCACAUCAACAGCAGCCCCUCUAAGGUACACACACACACACA